AUGAAGAUUGGACUGGAACUCCCUGCCGGCGUGACCUUCACGUUGCCGGGAGGGAAGCCGGAAGGGAUGCCGGGAGGGAUGCCGGGAGGGACGGCCGAGCGGGGGGACCAGAACGGCCUCAUGCAGGUCGGGCAGCAGGGCGUUUCCCUGCACUCCCACAGGACCACGCACGGCUGCCACGCCAAGGCCCGGCAGGAUCUGCUGGCAGAGAAGGGCAUCAUGGCCGAGAUGCAAGACACCACAGGUGACGGCGAUACCACACCUACACCCACCCACCCACCCCCCUCCCCCACACCACACAUCCACCGAUCGAUCCUUCCACAGAGACUCACUUGUCUGUUGUGUGUUGUGCAGCAUUCUUGCAGUUUGUUUGCAAGGAUCUCGACAUGGACGUCACCCUCGCCAACCCCACGCCCCACGGCCCAGGCGGCACCGAGGACGAGGGCACGCUGCGCGUGUCCAGGAUCGACACCAACACCAACACCCUUUUCGUCAUUGGCGACGUCGAGCACCAGCUCGACUCCACCCUCGACGCCUACGAGCUGCCGUUGGGCUUUGGUCUGGGUCGCGCCCUCAAGGAGGCGGCAGCGGCCGACCCACAGAGGAAGGGCCGGUGCGUGUGGUGCAUGUGUCGGCGGACGUCGAGGACAAGAAAGGCCUGCUCAGGUCCGAGGGCUAUUACGACAUCAUGAGCAUUGGCGGCGAGUGGUACGGGCGCACAUGCUGGGCCUUCUCGGACGGCAGGAGGGUGCUCGAGAAGGUGUCGAAGAGCAACAGGCAGGGAGUGCUCAGGGUCAGGCCCCUCAGGCUGAUUCCCGUCCAGCAGCCGACUCCCGACGGGCAGCCGUGCGCCCCAGCACCCCCCUCCAUCCACCAGCCUGCCAGCAGCAGCAGGGAGGAGGGACGAGAGGGCGAGGAGGAGGAGGACGAUGACAACUCGGGCGGGAAAUUCUCAGAGGGUGAGGAGGAUGAGGAUGAGGAUCUCUGAGCAUGGUCAAGGAGGGGGAGGGAGGGAGGGCGGGCGGGCGGCUGCUGGUGCUGUGGUCGGCGGGCCGUCUUGAGUCGGUGAAGCUCUCUGUUGCCGUCCUGUGCCUGCUGUUGGGUAGGUAUGUACCCGGCUGGAUGUCCGUGUGUGUGUGUGUAUGGCGUCGCACAUAUGGGGGUGUGGUCUUGGUGGUGGGUUGCUUGCUGUGCCUGCCUGCCUGAGUCAAGGGCUGACCAGUAGCUUGAUGGAUGGAUGGAUGGGUGGGUGGUUCAUCCAUCAGACCAGACAGACACCAUCUGGAGCGUGCCUGACAGAUAGUCAUAAAGACCAUGAUGGCCUACUCACGCUCCCACCCACCCACACACUCUCUCUCUCUCUCUUUGCCUGUUUCCUAGAAGGGCUGUUUGCCGCAUCAUGCCGCAUCAUGGCGAACGGGUGAAUGGACGGACGCUGUUUCGCGCUUGGUGUAGGGGCCGUACCAUGCGCUUGGUCGCGUUGUGUGCAUUUGUGCUUUGGCGCUUUUCUCUCUGCUAGCCCCCUUUCUCCCGAUCUGUUUGUCUGACUGUCUGCCUGUCUGCCUGUCUGACUGCCUGCCUGCCUCAUUCACUCAUUCACUCACUCACUCAUUGCUGUAGCUGGGGGUAUGGCCGCCGACGAUGUCGCUUGCAUGGUGCUCACAUGGCCAGGCGCCCCACACAAAGCCGUUCGGUGUGCGUGGCGCAUGGUGAAUGUGGCUGCUCAUAGGCCAUCCCCAUGUGUGUAUCAUGCCUGCGGCCCUCCCUCCCUACGUGUCUGCCAGUCGGUCGACACCCAGUGGACAUGGUGUGUUGUGUGCUGAUUGACCACUCACUUACCGCGGAGCUAUGCUGCGGGGCGAUGGGUGCGAUGGGAGGGCAGCCACGGGGGGCUGUGCGUGGAGGUUAGUGAUGGAGGGGUCAGCGAGGCUGGUGGGUGGGUGGGUGGGUGAGCGGGGUUUGCUGUCCGGGCGGCUCAGUGGUGGGUCGGUGCGAUCGGCCUGGUGUGUGUGUCACGGUGUGCGCGUGAGAGAGAGAGAGAGUGACACUAAGGGCUGCUGCUUUUCUAAACGUUUAAGUGUUUCUUACCUACAGUAUGCGAGCAGAGAGCGACACACGACCGACCCGACCCGACCCGACGUGGACCUGCCGGGUGUAUCGUGUGUGCGUGGGUGCAAGUGUGUGUGUGUGUGGCCAGGCCAGUGUUGCUCGCCCUGUGUUUUGGUGGUGCCGCCUUUUCGCAUUUGUGCAGUUGCCUGCUGAUCGUUCCCUCCCCUCCCCAGCUCAGCUUGUCGAUCUAUCAGCUCUAAGACUUAUGCCCUUUAUCCAUUCUCCUUUUGCCUUUCCUCUGUUUGCCCAUUUCAUGAUCGAAACGGUCAAGUCGCUCUGUGCGUGUAUGCCUGCCUGCCUGCCUGCCUCGCUCACUCAUUCACUCACUCACUCACUGACUCAUUCACUGGGUAUCAUGCCUGCGGCUCUCUCUGCUUGUCUGAUCUCCUUCUGGUGGCCGGUCAUGGUGUCUGGUUGGUCGACAGUCUUGGUCAAGGAGACGAAGGGAGGGAGGGGUGUGUGUCGUGUGGUGUCGGUGAGGCUCUCUGCCGUCGUGUGCCGACUGAUUGGGGGCGAGGGACGAAGGAUGGAUGUGCGUAUCUGCCUGGCUGCCCGUGUGUCUGUGUGUGGCUGUAUGGCCGUUCACGUGGCGCCACACAUGUGGGGUCUCGUUUUCGUGGUGUGGAUCGGCUGGGCGUUCUGCGCCUCUGCCUGCGUCUGCCUGACUCAAGGGGGAUCAAGGAUGGAUGGAUGGAUGGAUGGUAUGACAGCCACGUGCCCGACCGAUAGCUAUACAGACCAUGAUUGCUCACUCACCAAAUGCCUGUUUGCUUGUAGGUACUGAGUGGCUGGGAUGGGAGGGAGGGGAGAGGCAGGCUGCAGAAGGGCUGCUUGUUGCGUCAUCGCGGUGCGUCAUGGCGGAUGGAGUGCACACACAUUCACAGAGCGCUGUAUGUGCAAUGGAUGGAUCGGCAGACGGACGGACGGGUGCUGUGUGGGCGGAUCGAUGCGGUUUUCUGUUUGCUGCCGUGUGCCUGUCGCCGUGGAAACGGCAUAGAGGGGCACCUGUGACGCGACAGCAGGGACAUCAACGGCUGCUGUGUUGUGUGCCUGAUGCCCUUGGUGCGGGUUUUGGAUGCGGCCCCCUCUCCCCCUGAGUCUUGCCCGUAUGCCUGCCUGGUGCCAUAGGCCGUCAGACUCAUACACACAGACAUGAGUGUCCAUCCGCCUCGAUCGACGGUCCAUCCUGUCUCUUUCUUUUGCCUUUGUCCUCCUGUCUGCCUGUUGGUGCCCUUCAUGUCAUGGCAGCCUGACGUCGUCUUUUGCGGCCUUUUUCCUAUUGCCUUUGUGUGUGUACUCCCACAGAAGCACAUCAUUUGUGUCUUUUGUUGAUGGGACCGGGGCGUUAACUAACGCACAUGUGCCCAUACGUAUGCAUCUAUAUUUGUCGGCACGCUCUAUACGAGUACACCACCCCAUGCCCUUUGCGCACAUGCCCGUGCCCGUGUUUGUCUUGUUUCUUUUUCUGUAUAGGGUCGCUGCUGUGCCGGCGGUCGGUCGACCGUCUUCUUCCUCUGUCUGUCUGUGUGUGUGGUGGGUGAGCAAGAGCACCUGACGCACACACAACACACACACACACACACUCAUAUGGGAGACAACAGAGGAGUGCCGUCUGUGUGGGCGUUUUGCCAUGAGCGUGUGGGCGCUGGUGGCAUGCAGAUGGACGGGCCGUGGGGCCACACACACAAAGGGCCCCUGCUCCGCUGUUUUGGCGUUUUGUGUACUGAAGGGGACGGCUGAUUUGACGGGAUGGGGCGGGAGAGGUCGGUACGGUGCCUGUGCGGAGGGCAACGGGUUCAUAUCUGCUGGCUGGGAGGGCUGUGGCCGAGCAGUCCGUCUACUGUACGUGUGGAUUGCGACCGACCGAUGCGCCCACAGUCAUGGGUCAUGGUGUUUGCAUGGGUCCACCCGUCGGGACUGCAUAUCUCUCUACCUGUACAAGUAGCACUGACUCUCACCCAAGGAAGUGGGAGGGAAUUUGCGUUUUGCCCGACCGACCGCCCGCCGCAUUGCCUUUUUAUGCAAUCCAGGCCGACAGCAGCCAUAACUUUGCGCUGUGAUUUGAUCUCCUUCAUUGGCCAUCACUUGCUCCGAUUGCCUGCCUGCAUUCCUUCGUGUGCGUGUCUGCGUGUGCGUGUGCACCCCAUGUGCCGACCUGUUGAAUUAAGGACUCUGUCUGUCUGCCGUGCCUGUUUCAUGUUGACACGUGCCUGCGGCCUUCAAGUCUCUCUUCGUUUAUGUGCGUCUGUCGGUGGUGCGUUGAUGAAGGCAGCGGGCUGAGAGGUGACUCUCACGCCCGCGUGCCUUUGUCGACACAUCACCACAAACCUGAUGCCCCGGUGCCUCCGUGUGUGUGUGUGUGUGUGUCCUCUUUCCUUCUCUCCCCUUUCUCCCCAUGUGUCCAUCGAAGUGGUUUAAGAUGCAUGCAGCCCUGCUGUUUGUUGCCUCUAUCGAUUGGGAAGUUUUAAUACGACGGGCGAUUGACUUUAUUGAGAGCAGGCCCGGCCGCCUCGUGCAAAGCACAUGGCUGGCCCGGACUGAGGUCUUUUCUGUUUCUUUCGUCUGGCCGUGUGUGAAAUAGGAAGCGAGAAUCACAGCCAGCUUAUCGACCACCCAGUCACUUCGUCUGUUCGUCUGUCUGCCUGUCUGUCUGUCUGUCUGUAUUGCCCUCACCUCCCACCGCACACCCAAGCCCCUCUGACUGAACAGACAGACAGACAGACAGACAGCCAGACAGCCAAGGCAAGCCAGGUCGAGUUGAGCUAAGCCCCCUCUCUCCCUCCCUCCUCCCUUCUUACUACACAGAUGAUUUCACGUGCGUACCGUCUGCAUGUAUCCAGACGGUACGCACGUGAAAUCAUCUGUCUGUCUGUCUGUCUGCCUUGCCUGUUUUGUGUUGACACGUGCCUGCGGCCUUCAAGUCUCUCUUCGUUUAUGCGCGUCUGUCGGUGGUGCGUUGAUGAAGGAAGCGGGCUGAGAGGUGACUCUCACACUCGCGUGCCUUUGUCGACACAUCACCACAAACCUGAUGCCGCGGUGCCUCCGUGUGCCCAUACGUGUGUGUUGGACAUAUAUUCCAGGCCUAUAUGUCCAGUAUGUUCAUGUGUGUGGAUGUGAUGUGAUGACAGUGAGGCGCUCCGUCAGCACGGCUGGCUGGAUGCGAUGGAUUUCGUUGAUACACGUAUGGAUGGGGUGCAUGCAAAGCACGUCGUCCCCCUCCCCCUCUCUCCCUUCUAUCUAUCUACGCUGCCGUGUGUGUGUCUGUUCUGUCUCCUUCUCUCCCCUCUCUCUCCCUAUGUGUCCAUCGAAGUGGUUUAAGGUGUGCAUGCAGCCCCGCUGUUUGAGGCCUUUAUCGAUUGAGAAGUUUUCAUGUGACGGGCGACUUUGUUGAGAGCAGGCCCGGCCCCCACGCGCAAAGCACAUGGCUGGCCCGGACUGAGGUCUUUUCUGUUUCUUUCGUCUGGCCGUAAUGCACGUCGUCCCCCCCCUCUCCCUCCUGUCUAUCUACGCUGCCUUUGUCUUCUCAAUGUACGUACUCCCUGUCUAUGUGCCCCUUAAGGGAUUGGUCGUGCGUCGGUGGUUGGGCAUGUGCGUGAGAGCUGUGCUCCCCGCCCCACCAGCCAUCCAUCGACGCACCAACCAAUCCACUUGCCUUUUAUCCAGUCAGAAUAUCUUCAAUAAGACGAUGGCCGACUGUGUUGUGCAUGUGUCUGUCGGUGCAGCGAUCCUCUUUGCGACUGACUGGAUGGGUGCACACAGUUGUGUUCGCCCUCCUGGUCCGCAAGAGAUGCGAUGCACGACAUGACACACGCACGCUCAGAUGGCCGAUACGUAUCAAACGAUCAAAGGGAGAGAGACCGUAUCGAUGGACCUACAUGUAAUGCGAUGUGAAAGCAGAGUUCUCUCAGUCAA